GUCCACACUGCUUCCCGAAUCUGUCGCUCCAAGGACCAUUUGAAACACAGAUCCUCCCUUCAGAAUGCAGCUUUUCCUCCUGGCCGCCCUGCUGAGCGCUGCAGCUGCUCUGCCAAUCCCUCUUGGACAAUCCGGAGGAAGUUCCAGUGAACAGAGAUUUAACUUGUACGCACCACAAAUCCUGCCUUUCUUCCCUCCGUUUCCCCUUCCGCAGGCUCCUCUGAUCCCGAUUCCCUUUCCCUUCCCUUUUGAUCCAAAUCAGGUUCUGACACCUAAUCAGCUUCUGGAGUUAAUCACUUCUAUUUUGAACCAACUGCAGGGCUUCCUUGGGAGAUAAGCUUCACUACUACAUCAGAAGGCUCGCACAGUGGUGCAGGUGUCCAGGUUACCUGCUCUGUUCUCUGCAGCUUGGAACAACGGUCUUACCAUCUUGUAGACUCUAUAGAACGUCCUGUGAAACAUCCAAUACCACAGGCAAAUCUACUAUCUACAGCCAUACAAUCUUAAUAAAAUUCUCCCUAAAA